AACAACAAUUGUUAGAUAUUCAUAAUUUCAUAUCUUAAAAAUCAAAACGUGACUGUUAUUAAUUUUUUAUUUUAUAUAUAUUUAUUAUUCUCCUUGUUUUCAUCAUUAAUAUGAAUUCUACGGAUAAUAUGGUGUACAAUGUCAUAGCUGCUGUUUCAAAGAAUGGAGGUAUUGGCUACAAGGGUAAUCUACCAUGGAGAAUUAAAAAGGAAAUGGAAUAUUUCAAUCGAAUGACUACUCAGGUGAAUCAAUCAGGCGUUCAAAAUGCAGUUAUAAUGGGUCGUUGUACUUGGCAAUCAAUUCCAGAUAAAUAUAGGCCACUUAAAGGACGAAAAAAUGUAGUAAUCUCUAAAACUUUAAAAGGUGUACCAGAAGGUGUAUUACUUUAUCCAAAUCUUAAAGAAGCCUUAAAAUCAUUAUAUUUAAAUGAUCAUGUUGAAAAGCUUUGGGUAAUUGGUGGUUCAGGUUUGUACAAUGAAGCUAUUAAUGACAAAAAUUGCAAGAAAUUAUAUAUUACAAAAAUUGAUCAGGAAUACUUGUGUGAUACUUUUUUCCCUGAUUUUGAUCUUAAUGAAUUUGAAGAAAUAAAUGAAACUAAUGUACCUAAAGAAAUUCAAGAAGAAAAUGGUAUUAAAUAUGAAUUUAAAGUAUUCAAGAGGUUAUGAUCUUUGAAGUAAAUUAUAUUGGUAUUGUCAUAUUUAUACAUGAAUAAUAGGCACCUAUGUAAUUAUGAAUAUAUU